AUGAAGGAUUCUUUCGUGCGCUCCCCCAUCAUCUCGUCACGAAAGCUCGAUUCACGAGUGUUGUUCGACACAUUUUUGGAAUUCCAGCCGUGUCGACGAUUCGCCAUCGCAGUAAAACCAAAAAAGCCAAGCAAGGUAAAUCACGAGGAACCUUUGCUCACAAUGCGAGAACAGUUAAACUGGGCCUUUAGUGUAUUUGCGUCAAGUGGUUGUCUUGAGCUCAACGACAGAGACACGAUCGACGCUGGCGAUGUGACUCUGAUGUUCGCUCACACGAUGAAAAAUCCCGCCGCUUCGCACCUUGUCUUAGAGAGGCUUCAAGCUGCAUUUAGUAUGCUUCCUUCGCUUCGAGCAACGCCCUAUUCAGUAUCCUCGGCCAGUCUCUCGUGCUCACGAAUCACGUAUCGGGCUUUCAAACGACUACUUCAGCUCCCACCGCUACGAACGUUGAUGAAUCAUCGCAUGACACCACACACCACCGCAAUUGACGAACUCAGUGUUCCUGUUUAUCGCGACUUCGUGUACCGUGCCCGACGGCGCGAACACAACAGGAGGGUUCUACGGCGACUCCGGUACUUCAACGAGACGAAGGUGGCACGCUUAUAUUUCCACAGGUGGGCACAGAAUGCCCGAGACCGCCAAGCUGCUCGCUCCACUAUGAUGUUCGCUUACACUAUCGCGACGCGUAUCAAGCAGCGAACUGCCUUUGGGGUACUACGUCGUCACGCGUUGGCGAGCAUCGCAGCUCUUGAAAUUCAACGUGUCUUUCGCGGCAUGCGCGGACGAAUGAGAGCAGAGGAGAUCUGGCGCAAGAUACAAGCCGUAUUAGCUGUGCAAGGCGCCUAUCGGAUGCGAGCUCAUUUCACAAGCCACGUGCGCAAACUUCGACGCCACAACGUCUUUGCCAUUCACAUCCAGCGGUUUUAUAGAGGUCGAUUAGGACGCAUUCAAGCUCGUAAAAAGCUGCUGACACAUUAUUAUCGCGAAAUGGCGGCUAUACAACAGGAACGUGAGGCAUUCCGAGCAUCUGUGCACGAUGAGAUGGCACGUCGCCUGCAGCAAUUUCUCCGGCAUAUUGCUGCUGAUAAACAACAUGCCCAACGAGUUGAAGAAGAAAACGCAAAGCGAGAUUUUGAGCUGAAUAUGUUGCGGCUUUCUGGAGAUGCAGCUCAACAAGCGGCCCGACACCGACGCAAGGUGACAGAGAGGUAUGAUAAGCUGCGCGAGGAGGCUGAAUGCAAGGAGGAACGCCGUCGUAUCGACGAUGUUGAGAAGCAAAAGAUUGUGCAUCGACGGCGUCAGCGAGAGUGGAAAGCAUUCAAAUCCGAGAGGGUCGCACGAAAAGAAGCACUGAAGGUGCAGGAGAAGGAGAAUUACCAACGCCUAAGGACUCAAUGGGAAAACACAAUUGCGGAGCAGGUUCACACACGUGAGAAGUUAGUCGAGCAGCUACUACAGCUUGAUGACGUUCGAGGAGAAUCGGAAAAAAUGCACGCACAACUCCAUCAACGCGUGAAGGUGCGCUCGAAGCUACUCAAAACAAAAUACAAGUCCAGUGGUGUGGUGAUGCCGAAGAGGGAGAUCAUCGAGCGUGCACAACGUGAGAUUGUGGCGGAAGAAGCUGAGGAGGAACGACUCAAGGUAUCGAAUGCCAAACAACUGGCAGCCUUGAACAUGCAGCUUACUUCCGUGAUGUUUGCGCAGGGGGAGAAAGACUGGCUGACGGCAGAAGCAGACUACUUGAAAACGCUGGAUGAUGAGCAGGACGAGCGUUUGCUUGCUGAAAACACCGAGGAGCGGGCAGCUCGUCAAAAAAGCGCAUUGAUCAUUCAGUGUGCGUUCCGCGGGUUUACAUCGCGCAAGUUGCUCCGCGAUAUGCUGUCCGAGCUGUACAUAAAGGAGUUCGACAUAUUGACCCAAGCACCAUGGUAUCGCAACAGAUUAACAGGGAAGGUCAACAUUCAGAAGCCUACUGGUUUAGGCUCGAAGGAACUCGAAUGA